AUGUAUAACCGUCCAAGUUCCAAAACUAGAUAUUAAUAAGAGGCUACUAUUGAUUCAAUUAAUCUUAAAGAGAAAUAAUUAUAUUUAUAAUCUAGUAGCAUAAGUAAAAUAAUCUUUACAAUAAUUUUUAUAGAUCCAUUAACAGGUGCAAUAUUAAGACCUGAUUAAUCAUACAAUCAAUAACAAUAUAAUAAUUCUAAUUUUGAUAAAAAAAUUGCUUUAUAAGCUAGCUCUAUAAGUAUUUUUAUUAUUAAAAUUUAGAUCCUCUCACUGGUGCCCCUCUUGCUAGAAAUCCAAUUAGUUAUCAAUCAGAAUCUAUUUAAUAAAAAUAAUAUACACCUUAUGGGGUUUAAUCAAAUUAAGCUGGUUAUGCUACAUCUGCAGGUUAAAUUGGAUCUGGUGGAUCUAAUAACAAUAAUUAUAAUAAUAAUGAUGCACAAUUUCAAAAGAAUUUAAUUAAGUUUUUUGCUGCUGAUGAUCCUAAUCAAAUAUAACCUAAAUAACAUACCAAAUCUACUAAUUCAAUUCCUUCUGAUCCUUAAUUUUAGAAAAAUCUUGUUAAAUUUUUUGCAGCCGAUGAUCCAUCUAUGCCUAAUAGAUCUAAUCAUAAUAUUAGAUAAACUAAUUCUAGAUCAAAUAAUAAUUAUUAACAAUCUAUUUAACCCUAAUAUCAACCAUAAUCAAGAAAUCAAAAUGAUUAAUAGUUUUAAUAAAAUUUAAAUAAAUUCUUUGCUGCUGAUGAUCCAACAUAAAUUAAAAAACCUGUUAUGUAAAAAUAAUCAAUUAUUCAAUCAUAAUAAUAAUCCUAACCUAAAUAUUAAUAAUUUAAUGAAGCUCCACCUGAUCCUAGAUUAGUUAGUGAUCCUAAUUUUUAAAAAAAUCUUAAUAAAUUUUUUGCUACUGAUGAUCCUUCUUAACCAAAAAAAUAAGUAUCUAAAUAAUCUUUACAAUAAUAAUAAAUCAGUGCAAUUGAACAAAAUAAACUUUAAAGAUUAGAAUAAGAUCCUAGAUUCUAAAAAAAUCUAUAACAAUUUUUUGGUCUUGAUGGAAUAUCAUAACAACAUUAAAAUGCCUAGUAUAUAUUAUUUAUCAUUUAUAGAUAUGGACAAGGAAACAUUCAAUAAUAAAAUAAAUCUAUCAAAGUGCUUGCAAUUACUGAUAGUAGUUCUAUAGCAAGAAAUUAAGUAGCUGCAUUUUUUAGAACCAGAGGAAUAGAUGAUUUUGAUGUAUUUACAAAUCCAGGUGGAGUGUUUGGAUUAUAAAACAAUACUGUUUAAGAAUAAAGUUUAAAGUAUUAUCUUGAUACUAUGAGUAAUGCUUAUAAUAUUAAGGAAAUUUAUAUAGUUUCUGUUCUUGAUAACAGCAGUGUAAUUUAUUAUAUUAUUAUUUACAGAAUGCAAAAAUAUAUACAAGUACAAAUGAUAAAAGAUCUCAUUAAAUUGCAAUCUAAGAUCUAAAAACUGUUUUGGAAAAUAAAUUUAAUGUUUAAUAUAAACUACAUGGAAUCAUUAUAGAUUAAAGAGGAGCAUCAGAAAAAGCAUUUUGA